UCAAGCACUUGUACUGUUGUACACACACACAGGCGGAGCUUCCAAUCUGCUAACUUCCCUCGUUUUCAUCGACAUCUCCUCAGUCCUCCCAUCAGACUUCUUCAAAUCCCAACGGCUUCACCCACUCUCGCUACUUUCCUCUUGUCUUUCUCUCUUCCCAAGUAACAUUCUUUCUAUCUCUCUCUCAAACACUCUCUGAAAUUUUGGAUCAGAACCUGCCAUUAUCGUUCCCAUUCUAGAGGCAUUCUUUGUUUCCCUUCGUUCUGAAAAUGGAUGCCACAAUGCCUUUGUGUAAAUCUGUCACCUCACCUCCUGGUUUAUUUGUGGGAAGAAGUGGGGGAAUCAGAAGUUCCCAAUGUAGCUUUAUGUUGGGAAGUAGAUUGAGCUUUCCUAGGCAAAGAGCUCAGGGUGCACAAGUUAGUAGCAUCAAAUCUAAGAAGCGUGGAGGAGCUCUCUAUGCUACAUGUCGCGCUGAUAAGAUUCUUGUGGCAAAUAGAGGAGAAAUUGCUGUUCGAGUUAUUAGAACUGCGCAUGAGAUGGGGAUACCUUGUGUGGCUGUUUACUCGACCAUAGACAAGGACGCACUUCAUGUGAAAUUGGCUGAUGAAUCGCUUUGCAUUGGUGAAGCACCAAGCAGUCAGUCGUAUUUGUUAAUUCCAAACGUUUUAUCUGCUGCUAUCAGCCGUAAGUGUACAAUGCUGCAUCCUGGAUAUGGGUUCCUUGCUGAGAAUGCAGUAUUUGUUGAAAUGUGCAGAGAACAUGGAAUCAACUUUAUUGGGCCUAAUCCUGACAGUAUCCGUGUUAUGGGUGACAAGUCAACGGCUAGAGAGACGAUGAAGAAAGCAGGUGUUCCAACCGUACCAGGAAGUGACGGACUGUUGCAGAGCACAGAAGAAGCAGUCAAGCUUGCCCAUGAGAUUGGAUUUCCUGUUAUGAUUAAGGCAACAGCAGGUGGUGGAGGUCGUGGCAUGCGUCUAGCUAAACAUCCUGAUGAGUUUGUGAAGUUACUACAGCAAGCCAAGAGUGAGGCUGCAGCUGCCUUUGGAAAUGAUGGAGUGUAUUUGGAGAAGUACGUUCAAAAUCCGAGGCACAUUGAGUUCCAGGUUCUUGCGGAUAAAUAUGGCAAUGUUGUUCACUUUGGAGAGCGUGAUUGCAGCAUCCAGAGACGGAAUCAAAAGCUGCUGGAAGAAGCACCCUCUCCUGCAUUGACCCCUGAGUUGCGGAAGGCCAUGGGUGAUGCAGCAGUUGCAGCAGCAGCAUCUAUAGGUUAUAUUGGUGUUGGAACAGUUGAGUUUCUUUUGGAUGAAAGAGGUUCCUUCUACUUUAUGGAAAUGAACACCCGGAUCCAGGUUGAGCAUCCUGUGACAGAAAUGAUCUCCUCUGUGGACUUGAUUGAGGAACAAAUUCUUGUAGCUAUGGGAGAAAAACUCCGGUACAAACAGGAAGAUAUUGUGCUUAGAGGACAUUCAAUUGAAUGCCGAAUCAACGCAGAAGAUGCCUUCAAAGGAUUUCGACCUGGACCAGGGAGAAUAACUGCAUAUUUGCCAUCUGGAGGUCCGUUUGUUAGAAUGGAUAGCCAUGUUUAUCCUGACUAUGUGGUUCCUCCGAGCUAUGAUUCCCUUCUUGGAAAGCUUAUUGUAUGGGCUCCAACAAGAGAAAAGGCAAUUGCACGCAUGAAAAGGGCUCUUGAAGACACUAUUAUUACAGGGGUCCCUACGACCAUUGAAUACCAUAAACUUAUCCUGGAUGUAGAGGAUUUUAGAAAUGGCAAGGUUGAUACUGCUUUUAUCCCAAAGCAUGAACAGGAAUUACAAGCGCCCCAGAAACUGGUGCCAUCGACCCUAGGCAAAGAACUAGCAACAUCAGCUGCUUAGAUGGAUCUCUUGCUUCUGAGUUCCAGUAAAGCCAAACUUUAGACAACCAAAAUGGUUACUAUUACUUGUGUUUGAAGGAGGUGCAUGGACUGCUGUCAUGAGGCUGCAGAAAGCUAAUUCAAGAUGUUAAAUUGUCUCCAUUAGGCCUCCAUUCUGCAGACAUUCUUUUUGCUGUUGUUUUUGUUUUUUGUUAUGUUAUGGUACUGAUAUUCUUGAAAUGUAUUCUAUUUGCUCGGUAGAUCGUGUGUGGUACCAAAUAAAGCAAAUUUUGGUUUU